AUGAGUAAAUCGGCAGGUGAAGCCUUGAGGGCCGCGCGGACGUCAUCAGGAAUGGAUGAGAAGGCGUCGACGUUCGAGAUGAGGCGAAGCCAAGAGAAUCGAGUGGGGACCCCGGUGUUGUCGCAGGUAAUUCCCAAUGUAUUGCGUCCACUCUCAUAUAAAUUUGAUGAGAUUCUAUUGAGCCGACGAAUCGGACGCAUCGUUCUUCUCGUAUCCGUCAAGUGGCUUGGGUUACGGUAGGAUGAGGGGUUAAGCAUGUUUCGAGUAUUGUAUACAUUGCGAAGAUUAUUUUGCGCGAAAAACGGAGAGAUGAGCUUUUUUUUUGAGCACUGGAAAUUUCGGAAAAAAAAGGAAAAAACAAGAUUUUUUACAUUAGCAAUAAUUACCUUAAUGACAUAAUUUAGAACUUUUGGUAAAUAAGACGUGGUAUUCCAACAGACAAUUUUUUUUGUGUCCCAUCUCAAAAUUCAAAAUUCCAGCAGGGAAGAGACCAGUAUUGACCGGAACAAGCAACAAGAAAAUAUUUUGAGUAAACUUGAAACGGGAGAGUGAAAAAGUGAUACUAAUUUUCAAACAGCUCUUAUAAAAAUCGUGAAAACUAUGUUUUUUGUCACUAAAUAUUCUUGAAAUGAUUGAGAUUUAGAGUUAGGAAAAAAAUUAAUAAAAAAAGAAUCAAGAACCGAAAAAAAGUUAAUAAAACUGAUCGAAAAUGUUUAAAAAAACUUGGACUAAAAAAAUAACUGAUUCAAAAAAAAACCAGAUUAGGAAUUUUUCUGAAGUUUCACAAGCCUUAGAGUAGUACAUAGAUUUCAUCGAAAGAGCAUAAUUUAUAGCUUUCCGUAUAGGAAACGUAAUUUUCCUGGCGCCUAGCUUUGGAAUAUGUAAAAUUAAAAAUUCCCGCUCUCAAGCUUUUUGAAAGAUUUUUCAAUGUUCAGGGAGCCAUUUUACUGCUCAAACUAGUGCUCAACAAUCUUCAAUUAGAUCUUUACUUUCAGAUUCCAGAGUUAACAGCUCAUAAACUACCCCAGUUAGUACUGAAAAAGUUUCUUUUUUCUCACCUUUUGGGAUUUUUCUUUCGAUUGGAUCCUACAAACACUACUGUGGAGUUUUUCGGAGCUGAUUCAGCUUUUCUGAUAGAAAAAAGCUUCACUGAAAGGGAACAAAAUGAGACGAUUGGUGAGUAGCCGUUGGCUGCAGUUCUGCAGGUGAAAAGAAGGCAAUCAGCGGGUCUGAAUGGCUCGAAGCCGUCCUCCUGGUCCUCCGUGACUAAUCGCUUACCGUCGGCUCGACAAAUUGGCUCGGCCUUGUCAUCGAAAUACACCGUCCACCCGAAUUAUUCACGACGUCAUCAGGGAAGCCGCGCGCAACCUCGGAAAGUCCUCUCGUCAAUUUUAGGGGUUAUUUUUUGAUGAGCGGACUUUUAGAUGUGUUCCUGAGAAAAUUUUUUUUCAACAUUCGAGAGCUGGAAAAAUUAAUCAAGGGCUCUUAUCCUAAAUAAAGUGAUUUUGAAGGCUUGAGACAUCAAAAAAAUUGUUUUCAAGAUUUUUUUCAGAUUUCUAUAAAAUUGAAAGAUUUUUUUCAGUGAUAAAUUGAGCAAGAGCAGAGUUUCCAAUGCUCAAAAAAAGUUGCCGGACAUGAUUAAGGCUAUAAACUUUUCUAAACUGAAAGCUAUAAGAUAAAUUAUUUUAUUCAUACUUCAAACUUUGAGAUUUUAAAAAAAUUCUUGUUUAACUGUGUAGAAAAAAACCGAAUAAUUAUCAAAGUUAUUUUUUUGGAUUUUUUUCAAGCCCUCAAAAAGUCUUGGAAAAACAAGGAAAAAAAGGAAAAAAACUAUCAAAUUUGAUCUGACGCAUUUUUUUCAUUUUUCCGGUAGAGAUAAUCAACAUUUCCCAUGUUUUCUUUUCCCUAUAAAAUGUAAAAAUAAUUAGAAACCUGUCAUAACAUUUAUUCCGUUUUUUUUAUAAAAAUUCUGUUUUUUUGUGUAACGCAAUCUCGAUUCAGUUGAGGUCAAUAGAAUAACAAUAAUUUGGGAUGAAGUCGUCCACUUGAGAUGGACACGACGCGCCGAUGGCAAUCAGCCGCGUCUCCAAACAAUCGCAAAGGCGCACCCACGUGUCAAUGCGGAGGUAUGAAUAUGUGUGUACCGACCUCCCGCGGCUUCUCCAUCGGGACCGUCGAGUGCCCCUCAUCGACCCGUGUUUACCUUGCCAUAGAUACUGUAAGCAUGAUUCCGAGGGGAUUAUAACACUUUAUUGGGGGCUACCCAAUAAACGAACCCACGAGAGAUGCUCGUAAAGGUGUGCAGCUGGCUGCAACCACCUUUUAUGUACUAGUUUACUGUGCGCGAGAUUGCUCCCCGCAUAAUAAACGAUUGGUUUUGGGAUUUAUGGCGACGUUGGUGUUGCUUCCAGGCGCUUUACGGGCUCUUUACGACAGAAAUCAAGCGUUUUAUUGGGUGGUAUUGCGAUGGAAACGUUUUUCAGCAAUGCGAUCGGAGAGCUUGAUGGCUUUUUACUUUGGAGUAAGGCUUAUCGGUGCAUAAGAAUGAGUAUUUCUAGAGGUGAAACGGAAAAAUUCCUUUGAGGACCCCUAGAAAGAGCUGAAACGGUUCCGCUAAAGCUUCUGAAUCGAUGGGAAAAUGAUUCUGAGAACCUUUUUCAUAGCCUCAGAGGGCGCUUUUCACAUACGCUAGAAUCUUUUCAGUUGCUCACCAGCAUCUUUUCUUUCAAGAACGGGAAAACGAUCCAAAAGUGAAAUGAAAAAAAGAGCUGUUGUUGACCUUAAGUCUUAGGGUUGAGGCGUGGGCCUUAAGAAGAUUUUAUUCAGAAAGAACAACUUGAAAAGGUUUUUUGCUAGGCUCAAAUAGGCUGAUACAGACUCGAAGUUCAAGAAAAGCAGAAAAUCAUUCACGUUAAUCGAGAAAAAUAUUCAAAAAUCAAAUAUCGGCACAUAGCAAAUUUUCUAGGGCGUAUUCAUUCGAAACUUGCGUGAGCUUGUCAAGAAUUCGAAUAUCUUGUAGUUAGUGAGCUUCCGAAAGAAUAUGAGACAUAAAUUUAUUGGGAAAAUAGACUUUUUUGUGUCCUUCAAUGUUGCGAACGAGGUUUCAAUGCUUUUUUCCUAUUUUACAUUCCUCCAAGACGAGAGCGACAGUAGUUAGAAAUAGUCUGGUGGAUCCAGACGGGCGGCCGAUUCUCGAAUUAAGAUCCAAAUCAGAUGUUUUUCACGGAUUUUUCGUCUGCUGCUUGUUCUGCUUUCUCCCGUUUAUGCCGUCAUUCAGAAUCACUUGAGGCUUUCUUUUGGUUUUCAUUUCUUUGUAAUAAACGUUUCAAGAAAAAUUCAGUUGGAAAAACGACACGAAUUCGCGAAAAAGUACAAAUUCAAAUGUUAACUCAAGCUACUGCUUUUGAGAGUCUUCUUAUGUUGAAAAAAAUAUCAUAUUUCAAUAAAUUUAUUCCAAUCAGUUCUUUCCAUAUAAUAACAUUUUUCCAUCUGAUUUCCGAAAAAUUUCUAUGUUUUUUCUAUUUUUUCCUACUUUUUAUUAGUUUUUAGAGGAAGAAGUAGUAAUGAUUCUCCGGCUAAACCGUUUUCCGAACCUUUUCUUCAUCUAUUUUCUCUCUUUUUCAAGGAUUUCCUAUUCUGAGGACAUUCCCAAGGUUGGUUCUCAACUUUAUUGUUCCUUAAAUUUUUUUUGUUUUGAAGCUUCGCGAUUUGAUUGACCCGAAAGAACAAGAAGCCUUGAGAGAUACCCUAUCUGCGAUAGUCCAGAUCGAACUUGGCGAUGGCGGCUUUUCGGUAGAAGUUUUUAGCAAAUCUAUGAAAAUGAGCUUUUUUAAGGACGCGGCGUUAGGGGAAGGUCAUAAUUACGAGGAUCAGAAUCGGAGCAUUUCUGCUUUGAAUUACCAUAAUAGGUGAAAAAUAGCCGUGGUCGCGUUUGGUAUGGCUCAGAAUCUAUUCCACAUGCGACCUUGGGCUUUUGAAAAUUAUUUUCUGAUCAAAAUUCAAAAAGAAUCACCAUUACUCGUAUUGAAAACUUUUUUGUGGCUCACUUUUUGUAAUUUUUUUGAAACGUAUUUUUUAAAAAAACUUUGCAGAUACCUGGAGGGGUUUGCAACAAAAACCAGCCCCUAUAUGAGACAAAAAAGGGCUUUAUGGAGGGCUUAAAUUAGGAUACAUCUAUAGGAAUUUUAGGUCUCACCGAUAAGUCUCUAAACUUAAAGGGAGAACUAUAGUGGUUUCUCAACUUUUGAUAUUUUAUGCAGAGGAAAAAAACGUUUUAAAGAUAGGUAUAGGGAUCACUAGCGUUUUCCACUAGAGUGGCCACUUUUGUCAGUUUCAGUCAAGUGUGGAGGCGCAAGGUGGUCCCUAUAGGGAGGAAGCUUUGAAGGACCUCUGAGGUCGCCCCUCUAGGGACCACUUUGGCAUUCUUAUUAAGGUUGAAGAAAACAAAAAAUUUUUUUAUGUAAAUCAUGCGGUUUUUCCAGAGACAUUCUGUUUCAAGGAGACAUCAGACUAUCCACAGAACAUUUGGAACGGAUCGUCGACGAACAUUUCAAUCGAAGACGUCGGAAAAGGACGGCUUUUCGAGACGUCCACUACCCGAAAACCAUUUGGAAACCUUAUGUUCCUUAUGUCCUACAUCCUUCUUUGGGUAACUGGAAAGAGAGUAGUUAAAACUCGAUGAGAAUCCAGGAGAGACCGCCCGAAUGUCGGUCCUCGCCUCGUUCAACUUUUGGCAGAAGCAUACUUGUAUCAAGUUCCAGGAACGGAAUCAAGAGCCGGUAAUGAAGAGAACUUGAAAUUUAGGAGAGUAUUGAGUUUAGGUGUACCUUUUCGUGAUAGGGAAUCAGGACGGGUGCUGGAGUACGGUGGGAAAAGACGAUUUGCAGGGAAGGCAGUCCAUGAAUAUCGGGCCCGGCUGUGAACAUGUGAGCUUCUGAUUCUUCUUCAGUUCCAAAUCAUCUCUGACUCUCCAAAAUUCAAUUCUCUUUUUUCCCUAUCUGACGGCUAUUUUGAACCUCGUGGAAUCCCUUUGAAAAUCGCGUAAAAUGAAAAAAAUGUCCGAAACUCCUUUUUUGUUGCUUUCCAAAACCAGAAGACUUAGAAAAUUCAGUUUAUCCGAAAUUUUCAAUGAUGCAGCUCUUCAAGAAAUUAUGUCGCAUGACUUAUUUUGUACCUUUUUUUUCAGUUCGGGAUAACCUCCCACGAAGUUUCCCAUGCUCUCGGCUUGUUUCACGAACAGUCGAGAUUUGAUCGCAAUUCUCACGUUAGUAUCAUCGCCCGAAGGAUUCCCAGGGCCAGUCUUCUCGACUUUGCAAUCGUUGGUUUUAUUUCCAUUCCAGAAAGCACAGUUGUUUUCUGAUCUGAUUUUUGUGCUUCUUUUUGCCGUAGUUUUAAGGGAAUUAGAAGGUUGAACCCUAAUUUUUGUUGUUGAAAAAUCGUUCCUCAAGCUACUAAAAGAGUUUUUUUUUUCUCAAGAAAGUAUGCCUUCGGUGUUAUUUUCAUAUUCCCCAAAUUUUUUAAAGAUCCAUUUUUCUUCUUCUUCAAACGUCUUCCUAACGCUUUGAGGGGCGAGGGGGCAGGGGGCUUCUAUCUUGAUAUCAGUGAAAAUUAGAACCUUUUUGCAAUUUUCCAUUGCAGGUCGGGCCGAAGCAAAUGUCAACCUACAAGACGCCGUACGACGUCGGCAGUGUCAUGCAUUACCGACCAACUGAGUAAUUCUGUUUUUCCAAGUUUUGUCAUUCUCAAAGAAAAUCGUCCAGAUUCUCCACGGAUGGCCGCUCGACGAUCGUGGCCAAGGACCCGAAUAUGCAGAAUACGAUGGGCCAACUCGGUGGCCCGAGUUUUUUGGACAUCAAGAAGAUGAAUUCUCAUUAUCAGUGUUCAAGUUAGUUACAAUACAGUGCAAAAAGGCAUAAAAAUCAGGACUACAAAAAAAAUUGAAAGACUGGUUUUUUGAAGGGCGUUUUUCUAAACAGGCAAUCAAAACUUCCGUCACAUAGAAAUUCUUGUUUAUGAGCUCAUCCUGAAACUGAAAAGUCCUUGAAUCCAAUGUAAAUGAUUUCGUUGUUCUUUGCGAUAAAAACUUGAAAAUUCGUUCGAAGAAAUAAAUUUUUUUUUGAAUUAUUUCAAGAGAAUCACUUUAAAAAGAAGCUUUUAUUUGCCUGAUUAAAUUUUUUUACUGAUUUUUUUCCUGAGAAUUUUUUUCAACUUUUCGUUAAAGUUCUAAUGCAUUCUUUUUUUGAUAAACUGUUCUUUUUCCGUUUAUUUUUUUCAAUGUCUUUCUCCAAUUUUUUUGUUUCCGUUUAAGUUAGCGAAAGAGCUUUUUGAGAAAAAUAAAAAUGGAGUUACCAAACAAUUAAAAAAAUCCUUUUUUUAGGAAGUAGCUGCAAUGAAACCGUGAUUUGUUCGAACGGCGGCUAUCAAGAUCACGACAAUUGCAGUAUUUGCAGGUUCCUUCAUUUCAUCUUCCUUUGAAAAUUGUUUGUUACAAUCACAUACAAUUCAUUAUUGAAAACGGGUAAAUCUAACACUUAUCAAAUCAUAGAAACUGCAAUUCGUAUUAGAUUUUAGUUUUAUUUUUUUUCAGGAUUGAACUGUUCGUUUUUUUUUUUCAUUUUUAACCUUAAGGCAACGCUUUUUCUUAUCUAAAACAGGAUUUCAGAUGCCCAAGAGGUUACGGCGGUCCGAAAUGCGACGAAGUCCAACAAUCGAAACCCUCGAAAUGCAGUGGAAAUCUGGUGGCCGGAGGGGCCGAAAGAAGAUUUUCCAUCAACAUGAGACGGAAAAAAGGCGCCAAGACUGUCCGCAACUGCAACUAUCAUAUCACGGUUGGUAAGAAUUCAAAAAUGAGAACAGAAACUCCAAGUGGUCCCUAGAGUGGCAUCCUUGGGGCCCCUCGGAUGUUCGUCUCUAGCGAACUCUAUGCAAGUCUGUUUAUCCCACUAACCCUCUAAGGACCACUAUGCCGUUCCUGGUAAGAAAAUUCGGAUAUUUAAACCUUGGAAUUAUUUGAGUUUUCACUACUUUGCUUGAAGAAAUUUAGAAUAAUGUAAACCUGAAAACUUUCAUUUUUGAAGUCAAAUAACCAUUUCAUUACUGUAGAAAUAAAUGAAAAUAAAUUCCGAAAAAGGCUUCAAAAAGUUGUUUUUCUGUUUUUUGAACUCUCUCCAACGCUUGUAGCCGAACUUUUCGCAUCACAAAAAUCAGGAACAAGGUUUUAAUGUAUAAAGAAAAAAACGUAACAAUGUUUAAAACAAGUUAAAACGAGCGAUACAUGUUGAGAUAAUGCAAUUAAAAACUUUAUUUGAGUUUACAGCGGGUGAAAAUGAUUUUGUCGAACGUUAAUCUUUUUUUGAGCGGCGUGAUAAGAUCUAUUUCUUCAAGAAGGGAAUUUUAAGAUUUAUAAAUAUUGUGAAGAUCUCAUAAAGAAGCGAUUAGAGCGUUUUUUAGGCUCCCAAAGGGAAACGAGUGCAGAUCAUCGUAGAAGCUGUAAUCGGGAAGUGCGUCCAAGGAUGUUAUGAAGAAGCGGCCGAGUUCAAGUUGUCCAAGGACAAAAGUCUCACUGGGGCCAGGUUCCCUUUUUGAUCGAUUUUGAGAAGGCUUGUGCGUCAAGCCGGGCGGCCCGGGCCGGCCUGGGCCGGGCUUAGGGCCUACAGUUUCAAAAACCUGCGAGGGGCUCGGCCCAGGUCGGGCUUGGAAAGAAAUCUUAAAUUUCAUUUUGAAAAAAAUUUUACGGAAAAAAAUUAUUUUUUUACUUGUUGAAUCAUAGUUUCUUAUAACUCUAUGAGAAAAAAAUAAGCAAAAAAAUACCACUUUUCUCGUAAAAAAAGCGAAAAAAAUUCGACUUAAAGAUAAUUUGAGUUUUUUUGGUCCGGGCCGGGCAUUAUUGCUUAAGACCUCCCUAGGGCCGGGCCGGGCUUGGGAAGUGAUGGGCCGAGAGGUUGACGGGCCGGCCCUCGCACAAGUCUGAUUUUGAGAAAAAACGUAGAAAAAUACGGAAAUUCGAGCAUACCAGGCGUUUCAAAGAUCUUUUUGAGAAAACAUUCUUUUGGCGAAAAAUGUUGAAAGAUCGGGACCUUCAUCAUCUGAAGGUCGAGCAUUUUGCGAUUUUCAGGCCUUCUUGUAGUGUAGCCUAAAUUAUUUAGGUUAAUUUCCGGGCAAAUUAGUAAAAUGACCUUUCUUGUAGGUAAAAAAGGAUUUUUCUUCCAGAGUUUGCUGUCCGCAAAAAAGAAGCCGAAGAUAUCUUUCCGGUGAUAAUACGGCCGCCGUCAUCGCCAACGCUGCGGCGGGGCAGACUUUCCUGCAGUUCAGAUAUUCAAUAUGUAAACCAUUUAUUCAUAUGGUUUUGAUGCAAAACUUCCAGAUAAUCCUCGACGGAUGAGAUUUUUCGCUAGACAGUCAAACUCGACCUACACUACUCCGACGGAUGAGGUCUCGAUUUUUCAGAAGCCAGUGAAAACAAAUAUUGAAAUUCAGGGACCUUUGACCGAAUUUGAAGAAGUUGAAGAAGUUGAUCCCGAGGAAAUCCUGAAAACUGUCAGGGUUAGUUUUGAGUUUCGUUCAUUUACCGCUGUUUUGAGAAAAUAUACAACGAGAGCUUUAAAAAAAUAAAAAACCAAGAAAAAUGAAACCAUUUUGUGGGCUUAUCGAUUUGAACUUUUUUAAGGAUAUUUUUUGCGAUAGAAUAAAAUUUCCAGGCGGAGAGAAAGCCAGAAGACGUCGACGAGAAGACGUUCAGCGACAUCGUCAUGGAACAGUACCUCAAUAAUGAAGACGUGUCGUAUUUCAAUUGA